AUGUUGCCAGAAAAUUACCUUCUUGCUAGUUCCUUAACCGCAGCCAUCCUCUAUGGCGUCAAAGCUCGUGCGAGUCCAAGCUACUCGCGCAUGAUCACCAAAACGCUUGCAGUAUCUCUGCUCGCGAUCCUCGUCAAGAUUGUGGAUGGACCGACAUACCUUUUAGCUGCACUCAGCUUUGGGGCAUUGGGUGAUGCGUUUCUCGCUUGGGAUUCAGAGCCGGCAUUCCUAGCUGGCCUCGGGAGCUUCUUGACAUCGCAUCUCUGCUACAUCACACUUUUCUAUCAGACAGGCGCAAAGAGUCUUAUUCUGGAAGAUCAAUCACGCGUCGCUAUCGUUAUAUCGGCUGUCUUAUUGGGUCCCACGAUGUUGACGCUGCUGAUCCCACGAGUGAACAGCGAGCUUCGCUUACCCAUUCUUCUCUAUACCUGCGCCAUUUUAGGUAUGAUAUUCUCGGCAUUGACGAUCAAGAGCGAUAAGCUCGCAUUGGGAGCUGUUGUGUUUACGGUGUCUGAUAUGAUCUUGGCUUCUGGGAGGUUUCUUGUAUCAGCGACAUCGCCGCAUCAAAUAUGGAUGGAUUACGCUGUUUGGAUUCUGUAUUACUCCGGGCAAUUCAUGCUUGCAAUGGGCACUCUGGAGCAAUCUGGCAUACAACUGAGCACCAGCUGA